AUGAAAGUAAAUUGGAAAAAUCUACAACUUCUCUUCGCACUCACUGUGAUAUACUCAAAUUACGUUUACAGCCAAAGAAAUGAACUGAAACUAUUUCAAGAUAUUAUUAGAGAAACAUCCAAGGGCCGGAUCGGCGAUUUCGUCGUAAACUACCCUCACAGAAAAGCGAACAUCAGACGCCAGCCGAUUUUCUCCCCGAACGUGCCAUUUCCUUGCGCCAACGCCACCAAGCCGGGCGUCGGCCGAUCCUCGACCGCGCCAUCCAGCGUCCACCGGCUCAGACCCGGAGACAUCGACGUGGUGGCGGCCAUGGGGGACUCCCUGGUGGCCGGUAACGGCGCGAUGGAGGAGUACGCCAUAGGCACCAUCAUCGAACACCGGGGGGUGUCUUGGUGCGCAGGUGGCCUGGGCACCUGGAGGGAGUACUUAACCGUGCCCAACGUCCUGAAGGAGUUCAACCCGGGCCUGAAGGGCUUCUCCACCGGCACCGGGGAGUUUCUCUCGUCGAAGGCCAACUUGAACGUGGCGUUUCCGGUGGCCGCCGACGCCGACGCGCUGCGCCAGGCGAAGAUCCUCGUCGCCAGGAUGCGCAAGGACCCGCGCAUCGACUUCGAGGGGGAUUGGAAAAUGGUGACGGUGUUCUUCGGCGCCAACGACUUGUGCUCGGCGCAGUGCUACAAUAAGGCCGCCUCGUCGGCGGCUAGUCACUCGUCGAAGUUGGGGAGAGCGUUGGAUUACCUGCAGGCUCGGUUGCCGAGGACCUUCGUUAAUUUAAUACCGGUUUUAGAUGUUUCUGUUAGUCUCAGGAUAAAAAGGACUGUGACUUGUAGGUUGCUUCAUAGAUUGUUUUGCGAAUGUUUCCACAAAGGGGGAGAUGAAAUGAACGUAAUAACUAGUUUGACUAAAGCUUAUCAAAGAGCUGAAGAAGAACUGAUCCUCAGUGGAAGGUACGAUAAAAAGGAGGAUUUCACUGUGGUUCUGCAGCCGUUUAUGAAAUCCUUCAACGCUCCGGAUGAUCCAGAGCAUCGAUUCGAUGAAGUUAUCGAUAUAUCGUACAUAACGCACGAUUGUUUCCACUUCUCGCAAAAAGGACACGCUUUAGCCGCUAAUAUGUUGUGGAACAAUCUGCUCGAACCGGUUGGAGAAAAAAGCACAAGAAAAUUGGGCAAAGUAAUGGAAACCUUCAAUUGCCCGAGUGAAGACAAACCUUAUUUAUUUACCAACAAAAAUUCGAAACGAAAGAAAUAA